CCUCCACUCCUAAGCACACUCUGAGAGAGAGAAGGGACAAGAAGGGCCAGUCUCUCUGAUCAGAUUACAGUGAAGAUUUGUGUGACUGUGACCAUGCGUCUGGUGAUUGUCUUCCUCUUGUCUGCCCUGCUUCCACUCUCUCUCUCCCAUGGACGAGACCCCUUUGCUUGGCUGUACAGCCAGCAGAGCCGAGGAUACUAUUUUGGCUCCCUGCAGGCAGACACCACAGGAGGGGAGUGUCCCGAUGUGUGUGACUGCCCCCCCUCCUUCCCUGUUGCUAUGUACUGUGAUGGGCGUGGCUUGACAGCCAUGCCAACAAUUCCCUCCCGUGUCAAGUACUUGUACCUCCAAAACAACGCCAUCACAGCUGUGCCCGACUCGGCUCUGAUCAAUGCAACUAAUCUGGUGUGGCUCAUGCUGCACCACAACCAGUUGACAUCUGAAGCCAUUGGCAAGAAGGCAUUUCUGAAGUUGGAGGCACUGGAGCGUUUAUAUCUACAGCACAACAAUUUGACCACCAUUCCUCCCAACCUCCCUCGCUCCCUGCGAGACCUGAGAAUCAAUCAUAACAAGAUUGAAAAGGUAACACCUGCAGACCUAGAGGGAAUGGAUAAUCUCACGAUCCUAUAUCUCCAUGACAAUGCUGUCACAGACAUGAGUACAUCACUGAAGGCACUGAAAUCUCUCACACUGCUGGACAUCAGCGGCAACAAGCUGACAAAGGUCCCAGAGGCUCUCCCUGAACAUUUGCACCAGCUCUACCUGGAGUCCAACUCCAUCGACUCUCUACCAGAGGGCUUCCUGGGCCGUUUCACACAGCUAGAGUACAUCAGGAUGGCCCACAACCAGCUGACAGACAAGGGUAUCCCUCCCAACACCUUUAAUGUCACCGGGCUGGUGGAGCUGGACCUGAGCUUCAACAAACUGGAGAGAAUCCCUAUAAUCAGCACCACACUGCAGCAUCUCUAUCUCCAAGCCAACCAGAUCAAAGAGUUCACUCUGGGUAGUUUCUGCACUAUUGUGGACGUGACCAAUUUCUCCAAACUACGGACGCUGCGACUGGAAGGGAACGAGAUCAGUCGUCAGGACAUCCCUUCAGAGUCAUCCCUGUGCCUGCGGAUGGCUUCCAGCAUUGAGAUCUAACUGUGUACGACACAGUUAGCAGCACUCUGCUGCACAAACACAGCUUUUCACACUCACUUUACAACUUGAAUCAUAAUGCGGAACACGUUAUUUUUUUGUGACGUGCCAAAACCAAAGCACAGCAGGGGUCAAGUUUUAUCACUUAAAACUAAGGCUUAAGAAAAGCCUUAAAAAUGGCCAAAUUUUUAUUAUUAAUCUUAGUUAGAUUUAUCUGGUCACAUUACGGUAAAUGAGCCUUUGUCCACAAAAUGCAGCAUAUGAGCCCAAUAAAAUGAAUGAGCCACAUGUGGUGUUUCUUAUUUGUGCAUUGACCCUGAUCCUCUUUAUAUGUUUCUUUGAGGAUCAAUGAUAUUUGUAUUUUGAAGCUAUAGUUGUCUUUAUUUCUCUUUUUCUAUCUCUGUCUCGCUUCACCUCUUUCUUUUUUUUUUUUUGUCUGAUGAGCUGACAAACAGUGUGUAUAGCGUAUAAUGUGAAUUGCAUGAUUUCAAUUCCUUUGCUGUCACAGAAUACUAUAAACCUAUGCUAUAGUGUCCACUGCAUGGAAAUAGAUUAUUGCAACUGGGUGCAUUGUGCCAAAUAUUGUUGUUCUUUGUUUUAAAACAUGCUGUGACUGUUUGUUUCUGUAGAGGACCCUCUUUUUGCACGGUGAAAUCCACUUUCCUUAGAGAAAUAUAAAAUAUUUAUGUACAAUUUGAAAAAAAUCUCCAUACUGUACUGUAGUGAAUCAGGCAUCCAGAGAGCUUUGGGUGUUAUGAUUCUUGAGUUACUGUAUGCAUUGCAUGGAUCGAUCAUCAUAUUUAUCUUGACAAGCCUAUCG